UAAAUAAAAAUAAUCUAAAAUCAGAGUUAAUUGAGGCCAAAAAAUGUUGUGUCUCUGUUCAGCAUUGAAUGUCUUUGUCAUGUCACACCUAAAGAAAUGGCUUAUAUAAAAGAUAACAAUCAGGGUUUUAAUAAUUUUCUUAAAGUAUUUCCGUUUACCUAAUAGCAAUAUAAUCAAAGAAAAGUUCCAAAAAAGACAUAAACUUUUUUUUUUUGUCACUCAAAUGUUUCGAUCUUAAAAGUAAAUAGUGGUAUCAAACCCAUUUCUGCUCUCUGAGAUGCCCCGAGUGAUACGGAUGGUGUUAUCUUCAACAAAUAAAAUUCUGUGUAAGAAGGUAAAAAUGUCUCACAAUGAAAGUCAACAGUGUUCUGGCUAAUUUUACAUAAGACAGGCAGAGAUCAAAUAAAUAAUUAGUUUAUACUGAAAAGUCAAUUUGUGUACUGGUGUACUGGUAGAAAAAGGUUCAUGCUAGCUAAUGAACACAGCAACUGAAUAGGAUUCAGACUGUGAUUCUGAUAAAGUAGAACAAAUACUCAAAAAUCCAUCUGGCACGAAAAGUCUCUGCCAUAACGUAUGACAAACAUACAAAUAUUAUGUUGCCUGGCAGCAUCACAUAAAAUCAUACUGAAGUAAAGACUGUAUUUAUUGUAAUUAUUUUUAUUUACUGUAAUUAUUUUAACUCACACCUUCCUGAUGCAUUCAAUAACCAGUCUUUCUACAUAUUCCUAAGCCCUUCCCAUAUGCUUUUAUUCAAAAUCUAUCCUUAAGUAACAGACAGGAGCAAACAGCAGACAGCACACAUCCAUGUGAGCCAUGUUUCGACUUCUGCUGCUUUUGGGGUUUUUCAGCCUUGGUGUCUCUAUUCCUCGUCAGUAUCACUUCAUUAAUGAGAAUAAGACCUGGUCUGAAGCACAGAGAUAUUGCAGAGAGAAUUAUGCUGAUUUAGCCUCUAUUAAUAACACUGAAGAGGAACUGGUUGUUAAUGACAUUAUAGACAUCUGGAAGAGCAACCGAACCUGGAUUGGACUGUAUGAUGAUCUGAACAGCUGGAAAUGGUCUCUGGAUAAUAAUUCUUUCUACAAGGAGGGAGAGAAAAGCUUUAGAAACUGGUAUAUACAGAAACCAAGUGGCUGGUAUGGAAUCAGUUUGUGUGUGUAUUUAUCAACUUAUAAUGGAGUUUGGUGGGACACCUCUUGUUCGUCAAUGUUUCCGUUCAUUUGCUUUGAUGACAGAGUGAAUGCCAGUGAAAGAUAUGUCCCGGUUUAUCAGUACCUGAACUGGACUGAAGCUCAGAGAUACUGCAGAGAGCAUUACACAGACCUGACCAGUGUGAGGAACGAGACUGAAAACCAGAAGAUUAGAUCAUUGUUUAAUAAUACAUAUUAUUCAGUUGUUUGGAUCGGCCUGUACAGAACCAGAUCUUGGUCAGAUAAAAGCAACUCUUCCUUCAGCAAUUGGAAACCUGGACAACCAGAUAAUUACACUCUGAAUGGAUCCUGUACUGCUGUGUCAUUUAACGAUUCUGGGAAAUGGACAGAUGAAAACUGUGGUGACUCUUUUCCAUUCCUCUGUUACAGCACAAUGCCAUCAUCACCCUCUCAUCAGUAUCACUUUGUUAAUGAGAAUAAGACCUGGACUGAAGCACAGAGAUACUGCAGAGAGAAUUACACUGACCUGGCUACUAUUGAUAACAUGGAGGAAAUGAACACACUCCUUAACACAGUAAAUGGCAACUACUCAGGUUUAGCCUGGAUUGGACUGUAUGGUGAAGAGGACAGUUGGAGAUGGUCUCUGGAUGAUGAUGCUUUCUACCAGGAAGGAGAGAGGGACUUCAGAGGAUGGCCCCAUCAACCUGAUAACUACAAUGGAAAUGAGCUGUGUGUUUAUAUUAGAUCUGAUGGAACAUGGUUUGAUGGUGACUGUAGGGCAUAUUUACCUUUUGUUUGCUAUGACGGAAUGAAUGGAACAGAAAAUUACACCUGGAUAAACCAGCCAAUGCCUUGGACAAAAGCUCAGCAUUACUGCAGAGAGCAUUACACAGACUUGGCCAGUGUGAGGAAUCAAACAGUUAAUCAACAAAUCCUCAACUUUACAGGUGGCUCUCCUACUUGGAUUGGUUUAUACAGGACCAGACUCUGGUCAAACAAACAGGAAUCCACAUAUGAAAAUUGGAGACCAGCCAGCCAUAAACAGCCAGACAAUGGUUUAUAUAGUCCCUGGGAAUACGGUAAUCAGCACUGCACUGCUGUCUCAUUCAGAGAUUCAGGCCAUUGGACAGAUGAGGACUGCUUAUCCACAUUCCCUUUUUUCUGCUAUAACAAAUUCUGCACUGGAUCAUCAUGCACCCUCCAUCAGUACCACUUCGUUAAUGAGAAUAAGACCUGGACAGAAGCACAGAGAUACUGCAGAGAGAAUUACACUGACCUGGCUACCAUUAAUAACAUGGAGGAAAUGAACUCACUCCUUAAUACAGUAAAUGGCAGCUACUCAGGUUUAGCCUGGAUUGGACUGUAUGAUGAUCUGAACAGCUGGAAAUGGUCUCUGGAUAAUAAUUCUUUCUACCAAAAUGGAGAAAGAAACUUUAGUAACUGGUAUAUAAGCAAACCAUGGAACUGGAUUGGAAACAAUUUAUGUGUAUAUUUUACUUAUUAUGCAGUUUGGUGGGUGGAAUCUUGUUCUACAAAACUUCCAUUCAUUUGUUUUGAUGGCAGAGUGAAUGCCAGUGAGAAAUAUGUCACAGUUUAUCAGCAGAUGAACUGGACUGAAGCUCAGAGAUACUGCAGAGAGCAUUACACAGACCUGACCAGUGUGAGGAGCGAGACUGAGAACCAGAAAAUCAGAUCAUUAUUAGCUGAUUAUAACAAUGAUAGUUAUUAUACCUAUAGUUAUUAUUAUUAUAAUUAUUAUUAUGCUUUUUGGAUUGGCCUGUACAGACCCAGACUUUGGUCAGACCAAAGCAACUCUUCUUUCAGCAACUGGAAACCUGGACAACCAGAUAAUUAUAGCCAGAAUAAAUCUUGUGCUGCCAUCUCAUUUAAUAAUGAUUAUUAUUAUGGGAAAUGGACAGAUGAAAACUGUGUUCAAGCUUUUCCAUUCCUCUGUUACAGCACAAUGUCCUCAAACUCCUCUCGUCAGUAUUGGUUUGUUAAUGUGAAUAAGACCUGGACUGAAGCACAGAGAUACUGCAGAGAGAAUUACACUGACCUGGCUACCAUUGAUAACAUGGAGGAAAUGAACACACUCCUUAACACAGUAAAUGGCAGCUACUCAGGUUUAGCCUGGAUUGGACUGUAUGAUGAUGAGAACAGCUGGAGAUGGUCUCUGGAUGAUGAUGCUUUCUACCAGGAGGGAGAGAGAGACUUCAGAGGAUGGCCCCAUCAGCCUGAUAACUACAAUGGAAAUGAGAUGUGUGUUUCCAUGGGGUAUGGAGAGAAGUGGUAUGACAGGCCUUGUACUGACAGAAUGUCAUUUGUUUGCUAUAACGGUAUGAACAACACAUAUGUGAUGAUUUAUAAUCAAACGACUUGGGAAGAAGCUCAGAGCUUUUGCAGAGUGAGUUACACAGACCUGGCCAGUGUGAGGAAUGAGACUGAACUUCAACAAAUACUGAGCAUCAUGAAGGGUUAUGAGGUAUGGAUAGGUCUGUAUAGGAACCGAUUAUGGUCAGAUCAAAGCAACUCAACCUUUAUAUAUUGGAAACCAGAGAGUCCAGAACCAACACCAGAACCAGAUAAUGGUUUGUAUUCAUCUGGACAGCGUGGAAAUCAGUACUGUACAGCCGUGGAUCAAUCUGGCCAAUGGACAGAUGAAAACUGUUUCGCCAGUUUCCCUUUUAUCUGCUACACUGCAUUCACUCCAGGUGCUGUGAUGGGACUACGAAUGAAAGUCACUACCAAUGGAAAUCUGUUAAACUCUCAGAUUAAAAGGCUGGUGCUGAUGGAACUUCAACAAGAAUUGAGUGCACUGGGAAUUUCGAGCAACUACACUGUGAACAUCCGUGAGCUUAGUCCAUGAAGGAAAAAGUCUACAUUCAGGUCCAAACUAUAACUGAGAUAAACUCCAGGGUUUUUGGUGAUUUAUCUUUUACUUUUAUUUAUUUUUUACUUUUACUAUUUAUCUUUUAUUUAUCUUUCUUUACCAGAGCAGUUGGGAAUGCUGUAGAGUUCUAUUAACACAAGAAUAUAGAUACUAAAAUGCAGAUAAGCUUAAACAGAUCAAAGAUAUUUGCAUAAAUAUAUUUACAAACCUUGAAAUGCCUCCUGAAAUGUCUUAUUAUUAAUAACAAUCAUUGGAAUUAUACUGAUCUGCGAUUGAGCAUGAUUUUUUGAGUGUAAUAUUUUAGUUGGUUUAUUACAUUUAUGAUACUUAUGAAUGGUAGUCUUAAAAUUAAUUUUAAACGACCAAAAGAAACACUGUACUUGCUUGUGCAAAAUACUGCUAUGAGCGUUAAGGGAUACUAUGUGCUGUUCGUUUAUUAAUUGUUUUUAGUGUUGGGGUUCAUGUAGUUUUGGUUGUGCUGAUUAAAUGCUGAUUAAAAGGUCAAUCUAAUAAAAAAAAA